CAAGAUGGCCACCUUCACCGAGAGGAUGGCACCUUUCCUGGUGUUCUGGCUGGCUGUGUGUCUCAGCGGGACCUGGGCUGUGGACAGGGGCAACUUCAAGACCUGUGACCAGAGUGCCUUCUGCAAGCGUCAGCGAGCAUUGAAGCAUGGUGAGUCUCCCUAUCGAGCCCUGCUGGAGACUAUGGAGCUGACCAACACCAGACUCACCCUGCAGCUCAUCAAUGACAACAACAAGGUGCGUCUGCUGCUGGAGCUCUACCGUCUCCAGGGAAACAUGACAAGGGUGAAGAUUAACGAGCUGAAGCCGUUGAAGCCUCGCUAUGAGGUCCCAGACGUUCUCAUCAGGGAGCCACCUACUGAGCCCCUGUCUCUCCUGUCUCAGGAUGAGAAUGGGGUAGUGCUGUCCCUGGGGGCGGAGUCUCAGAGGGUCAUUCUCAGCGCCCGGCCCUUCCGAUUGGACAUCAUGGAGGGGAGCGAUGUGGUGAUGUCGCUGAACUCUCGUGGCCUCCUGGCCUUUGAGCACCUGAGGAUGCGCAAGGACACUUUCUCCUAUAAAGUAACUAGCACAGUGGCUAGCGUGUGGGAUAAUAUCAAGAGGGUAUUCUCUAGCAGUCAGGCUGACCCAGAGGCUGAGAAGAAAGACGAGGCUGAUCCGGCUAACCAGGCCGAGGCAGCAAAAGAAGAGGAAGAGAAAGUGGAAGAUGGGAUGUGGGAGGAAACGUUUAAAUCACACACAGACGGCAAACCCAAUGGUCCAUCUGCUGUCAGUUUAGACUUUUCAUUGCCGGGGGUGGAGCAUGUCUACGGCAUCCCAGAACAUGCAGAUACUCUUAGACUCAAAACAACAGAUAAUGGAGAUCCGUAUCGACUCUAUAACCUUGAUGUGUUCCAGUAUGAGCUGUAUAACCCUAUGGCCCUUUAUGGUGCUGUCCCAGUUAUGUUAGCUCACAACGCCCAACGGACCACAGGCAUCUUCUGGCUCAAUGCUGCUGAGACCUGGGUGGACAUCAGCUCCAACACAGCUGGAAAGACCGUGUUUGGGAAAAUGCUGGAUUAUGUGCAGGGCUCUAGUGAGACGCCACAGACAGAUGUGCGUUGGAUUUCUGAGAGCGGCAUCAUUGAUGUCUUCAUUAUGCUUGGACCAACACCCAAAGACGUCUUCUCCCAGUACGCCUCCCUUACAGGCACCCAGGCCUUCCCUCCAUUGUCUGCCCUGGCUUACCACCAGUGUCGCUGGAACUACAAUGACCAGGAAGACGUGCAGUCGGUGGACGCAGGCUUUGACAAGCAUGACAUCCCCUAUGACUUCAUCUGGCUUGACAUUGAGCACACUGAUGGGAAGCGCUACUUCACCUGGGAUCCACACAAGUUUGCCACACCCAAAGAAAUGCUGCAGGGUCUCCAGGACAAGAAACGCAAGAUGGUGGCCAUUGUGGAUCCUCAUAUCAAAGUGGACAGCAACUACAAGAUCCACACUGAAAUACAAUCUCGGGGUUUCUAUAUAAAGAAUAAAGAUGGUGGAGACUAUGAGGGCUGGUGCUGGCCUGGAAGUGCCGGCUAUCCAGACUUCACCCGUGCAGACAUGAGGACCUGGUGGGCCAGCAUGUUUGCCUACGAUCAGUAUGAGGGCUCCAUGGAGAACUUGUACACUUGGAACGACAUGAAUGAGCCCUCGGUCUUCAACGGGCCAGAGGUCACCAUGCACAAGGAUGCCAUGCACGGAGCCUGGGAGCAUCGUGACGUGCACAACAUGUAUGGCUUCUAUGUGCAAAUGGCCACAGCGGAGGGUCUGAUCCAGAGGUCAGGAGGAGUUGAGCGACCAUUUGUCUUGACCAGAGCCUUCUUCGCUGGGUCACAGCGCUAUGGUGCUGUGUGGACUGGAGAUAAUGCUGCCGAGUGGGACCAUCUUAAGAUCUCCAUCCCCAUGUGUCUGAGCCUGGGUCUGGUUGGAAUCUCAUUCUGUGGUGCUGACGUAGGCGGUUUCUUCAAGUCCCCAAACACGGAACUGCUGGUGCGUUGGUACCAGACAGGGGCGUACCAGCCGUUCUUCAGAGCCCAUGCCCACCUUGACACGCCCCGCCGUGAGCCCUGGCUGUUUGGUCCAGAGAACACAGCGCUGAUCCGUGAUGCGGUGCGCCAGCGCUACACCCUCCUGCCCUACUGGUACCAGCAGUUCUACAACACAAAAAAGACUGGAGAUCCUGUCAUGAGACCACUGUGGGUUGAGUAUCCUCAGGAUCCCGCUACUUUCGCUCUGGACGACGAAUUCUUGAUCGGGAGAGACUUGUUGGUACAUCCAGUGACUGAGGAGGGAGCCAGAGGAGUCACUGCCUACCUGCCUGGAAAAGACGAAGUGUGGUUUGAUGUCCAAACCUUCCAAAAGCACAACGGGGCCCAGAACCUUUACGUCCCUGUCACCAUGAGCUCUAUCCCUGUUUUCCAGCGUGGUGGUUCCAUCAUUCCCAGGAAGCUUCGGGUUCGCAGGUCCUCCACCUGCAUGGAGCACGAUCCCUACACUUUAUAUGUGGCUCUUAACCCUCAGAGAACCGCACAGGGUGAGCUCUACGUCGACGAUGGCCACACCUUCAACUUCGAAAAGAAGGAGUUCAUUCACAGGAGGCUGUCCUUCGCCAACAAUGUCCUCUCUUCUGUUAACCUCGCUCCAGACUCCCAGUUUUCUACCAGCUCUUGGGUUGAGCGCAUCCUCAUAUUGGGAGCCAGUAAGCCCAGCAAGGUUACCCUCAAGACUGCUGAUGGUCAUGAGAGCCAGCUGGAGUUUGACUUUGACGCCUCCAUGUCUGUUUUGACGCUGCGCAAGCCCGGCAUGAAUGCAGGGGUCGACUGGACCGUGAUGCUCCAGUAACCACGGAGACAGUGAGAGGAGAUGCAGGAGGAGAAAAUGACUGAACUGGACUGAACAGGAGGGUAGAGGAGGAAGCCGACACAAGGCGCUGAUACCCAAGAUUAAUUAAAGCAAGACAACAGGAUACCCGCCAUUGAGACUAAAGGACAUAAACACAUCAGACACACACCGCUGUCCUCCCUGCAAACACUCUUGUAGACCUGUUAGUUGAGCUGAGCCAUAUUAUGUCUCCGCCAUGUCCCUCUUGUGUUCAGUAACAGUGUAACAAAAAGGGUUACUGCUAGGUAGAUACUGUUUGUCAUGUUUUUUGCAGAUAGAUAACAAUUGAGCAAUUAAAAUAAUGUCAUUAUAAUGAAUCAUUUGGGGUUAAGAAAAAAAGAAACAUACAGGCACUUUUUUUAGUUUUUAAUCGUCCACUCAGUUGUCCAUCCAGUCCGCCCGAGAAGAAAAGAUCACUGUGGUGGAUUGUUGUUUAAAAUGAAAGCUGACAUUCAAAGCACAAGCUCCACCUGCUGGUGAUUCCCUCUGUUUCUGAAAAAAAAAAGAUUCUUUCCCUCUUUUUAAGCCAAGCUUGUGAAUCAACUACGAUCAUCUUUCCUUGUGCUGCAUUUCAUACAAUCAAUGAUCUGAUAUGUAGCUCUACACUAAUCUUUCAUUCUGUUUAUUUCUUCACUUUUUGGCCCGUCAGGAAAAUGGUCUUUUUUACCACUCCCGGCCAGUUCGUUCCUCUUCAGCCUCUUCUUGAACUCAUCAGUGAUGAAUUUGUGUGCAUGGAAUUGAUUUAUCAUCGCUUCACUUGGAGGUGAUUGGGCUGCUGCACAGAGAGGGAUUUUUCAGCUGUUCUAUUGAACAAAAUACUACUUUGGCGAUGGGAAUCUUUCAGGGGACUGAACCACUGAUGUGUGUGGAUCAUCCUGUUGACGUGCUUUCUUUGUUUUAUCAAAUUCUUCUUUUUCCCCAACGUUGUUUACUAGAUUUUUAAUGCACUUGAAGAAGAGUGAGGACUUACAAGUUGUUUAGAUUUUCAUGUGUUGCUAGAUAUCGGGGCAGUCUGAGAUUUCCAUUGUGUCAUUUGGGUUUAAUCAUUAAAAAGUGUUUCACUUGCAAUUAUCUUUCAGUAUACUUUUGAUUUUCAUAAAAAUCCAUCCUAAAUGUACACUGAACAGUUAUAAAUAUUCAAAUGAUGCUCUGGAGAUGUUGGAUUGUGUCCUGCCUAAUCAAAUCAUUGGACCUUUUUUAGGUAUUUUGUUCUAUUUGUUUGUCUCCUUGAUUGUUUUUAUGACCAUAAAUGUACAUGUUGCUGCAAUUUUGUCUUGGAUGGCUCGAGUUGUGGUGGACAUGGAAGUGAAGGAACAGACUCCAGCCGUCGAUCAAAGUUGUCAAAUGUACUAAAAGAUGAGACCAAGUGAAAAUAAAGUUGACCAAAAUUAA